UUUAGAUUAAUAUUUUCAAAUACAGAACGAAGAGUGUCAAAAGACGGCAUUUGUCUAUUCUUUCAAACAAGUUAUUAGACAGUCGAUACGAACACACAGAUGGGUGUCAACUAUCUAAAUAGACAAAUCAAAAGUGACAUAAAAUGUCAUCUGUCAUUCUAGUGUGUUAUCAAUAAAUAAAAUACAUAUCAACAGUCUCACAGGACAAACUGUGGAUUUAGGAAAAUCAAAAUACUUCGAUCGGACGACUAAAAAUGAGCCACAAAGAGUGUAGUACAGCUACGCCGUGCAGCAUUAAAGUGAAUCAGUUAUCUCAAUUGGAUCUAAGUCUGAAUCAAAUGUCUCUUGCCGCUCAAUCUAUCGAAAAACAACCAUCUCCGAUUGAACCAUCGUUGUUACCGGCCAUUUUUAGUCUUCAUGUCGACUGUUUUUUCGAAAUAUUUGAAUAUUUGGGCCUGAAAGACUUGCAUUCGUUCGGUAAAACAUGCAAGCAAAUGCACAAAGUGGCCGGUGAAUAUUUUAUGGAAAAUUACUCGGCUGUGAAAAAUGUAUGCGAGCUCGAUAGAAUCCAUACAUGUUUUGUGGAUAAAAAUGGGCGUAUUAACAAAUCCAUUCAAACAUCGAAUUUUCUACAAUACAUGCCGAUCCUUUCAAUUCGUGGCCCAAUCAUCCAUUCACUAUACUACCUUUGUUCGCGCACCAAAGAUUGUGUAUCAACCAUUCAUAUAUGUUUUAUCGAUGGCCAUCUAUCUAUUGAACACAAUUUCAUCAAAAACAUAUUCCAUCCACAAAUAGAAACAAUUCAAUCACAAAAUGUCCGUAUUUCAGGCGAUUUUCACGAAUUGGCUCUGAAGUUUUGUACGAACUUGAAGCGGUUAUAUUUACAACGAACAUCAUUUGAUGACCAUCACUACACAUGGCUAUUGAAUGACUAUCCAAAUCUUUUGCACUUGGAAAUAACACCAAUAGUACCAUUUCACGCCAAUGGAUUGAAUAAUUUUUUUACACGUAAUGCAAAUGUACAGCGUUUUUCGACUACGCCACAAAUGCUAUGGCAUAAUAAAGAUACGUUUCUAAAUUCAACCGCAACAUUGGACACAUUUGAAAUUAAGGAGUUUGAGUGUUACGGAAAUAACAUUGAGUCGAUUUGGUGCUUGUUGAAUCAACUGUACAAAAAGGGGUUCUAUAAGAGGGUUUUUAUUUAUAUAAAAUCCAUUGACGCUCAUCGCUGUACUCAAUUGGCUUCGGUUGAUGGUCUGGAUUUACUGUGUAUUCAAUGGUUUUCAACGGGAUUCAAUUUAUCGAUUUUUAGCAAUUUGAAAGAACUAAUCAUUUUGGAUCGAUUGUACGCUGUUGACAUAGAGCAUUUGGCAAGGAGUUUGGCGACAUUGGAACGCCUUUAUGUGAAGGAUGCAAGCAUUGAUGAUAUUGUGCCAUUCAUUCGUCUGUCACCGACAUUGAAAAAAAUGAAAGUGAUACCAAGAGAUAGAAAGAGCUUCAACGGUGCCAUGUUGGACAUAGCGAAGCUAAACAAAGAACGAGCUGAGUUGACAGGAGCCAGGAAAUUAACGAUUUAUACAAGGGACGAUGUGUUUUUGACCACUAAAUGGAACACCAAAGAUGGCAACAUCGACCAAAGCUUUCUUAAAAUUAGACGAAUGGAUUCGUAUGAAUGGGAACAUCAUUAUUGUGAUACAUAUUUUAUUGGAAAAAAUUGAAAUUGUUGAAGAAUUUUUUUUAUACUUUUGAAUUUUAAUUUUAGU